ACGUUUUUUAGUAUCCCUAUACUUACCCAAUUGUACAUAAAUAAUUAUAAGCGUAAAUCAUCUCGAGAGAGAACUCGAACGAGAAUGAAAAGAAUAAACGAUCAUUGAAGAUCAGUCUAAGUCUAGCCAUCAGUCAAGGUGGAGGCACACGAACUUAAACUAUUUUCUUAUUCUAUUUCGGAAACCCCUUAUUCAACCCCUAUAUUUAAAGUAUUAUUACCAGUCCAAAAUCAUAGUUUACUAAAAGUAAUUAAAGUGCGUAUUCAAAAGUGGCGACGAGGAAAACGGGAGCUCAAACAAAAUCUGUUGGAUUUAAAGAGUGAGCAAGCUUCUUAUUUUCUUCUUUGCUCCGAGCUACCAGUUUCUCGGCACCACUGGAAUCGAAUCGGUUUAAGUUUAAUCUCCAUCUCAUAAAACGCUUACGUUUGAAAAGUGAGAGUCACCCGCAGGAGAGAAAUUGGUGAGUGUUCUCAUCCUCAUCACCGAGCAAUAAAAAAGCUCCGAGAAAAUAACCGGUGAGAGAGCACGAAAACUGACAGCCGGUGUUGGUGAGAAGUGAACCAGAAAAUCAUUUCUGAUUGACUGCGGUGAGAAGCGGUUCGGUGGAAAGUACACUUGUGCAGAUUCGGUACGAUUGUGGAUUGCGACAAUUAAGACGAUAAUUGGUUUGCUUGAUGACAAGUACUGGUGUGGUACAGUUUUAUUUUGCAUCGGAGGAUUGCUGUUUGUUGCUGCUGUGCAUUUAGUUGUGGAUGAAGUGGUCCGGUACGGACUGUUGUUGAAUUGCGGUGCUCCGAAUUUGGUUGUUGCUGGAAAGGUCUGGGACAGACUGCUGCUGCUGUUUGCUGUUGUUGUUGCCUGCUGUUGUUGCUACUAUCGGUUCACGUUGCUGCUGUUGUGGUCUGGUACGGGCUGCAGGGCAGGAGACAGGUUUGUGCUGAAAAAGAAAAAAAAACCGUGAGUACUUAUCUUGAAUUGAUUGCAUUGUAUACUGACUAUUUUAGAAAACCUUACUCGAUAUAUUUGAUGAUGGCUGGAAUCAUUGGUUCAAUUGACCACUACAGGGUUGGCAGACCGUUUGCCAAUUAUGUAGAGCGAUUCGAAAUACUUUGCCAAUUGAAUCUUGUUAAGCCAGAAGUUAAAAAGUCGUGGUUUAUCUCGUUGAGCGGGGACGAUGUGUUCGACGAGAUAAAGCUACUUUUCCCUAAAAAAGACGUGAAUGAUUUGACGUACGACGAAAUAAUUAAAAAACUAAAAUCGCGUUUUGACAAAUCUGAGCCGGCGUUAAUGAAUCGUUACAGAUUCAGCAAACGGGACCAAGGUCACACGGAAUCUGCUGAGAACUUUAUUCUAGCGAUUAAAAUGCUUGCUGAAAAUUGUAACUUUCGCGAAUUCAAGGAUGAGGCUAUUCGCGAUCGGUUAAUUUUUGGUUUGCGGGAUAAAGAGCUUCAGCAUAAGUUGUUGAUGGAAGAUGAUGUGACCUUAGAGGCUGCGGAAAAGAUGGUAGUUAGCAACGAGUUAGCCGUAGAAAGGGCCAAGGUGAUUGGGGAAAGUUCAGGAGGCAAUGUAUUUUCGAUAAAGCAUCGUUUGGGAAGAAAGGAUGAGCGUUAUCCAUACCGUAGAGAUGUUGCGGGGAGAUAUCGGUCAGGUUCUAGAAGCAGAAGUCGGGAUCGGGGAGAUAAUUACCGCUUUGUUCCGGGUAGUCGACCUCGAGAAGAUAGUAAGGAUAAAUAUGGUUACAAUUCGAGACGUGAUAAGAGCGAAUGGAAUGGGCACAACAAUGCGAUUUGUAACAAUUGCAGGGAAAGGGGACAUAUACGAAAAAACUGUCCUUUACUUAAUAAUGGAGCUAGAUACCACACUAAAGCAGUCAAAUUUGUGGAGCAGGAGGUUCAGCAACAAUCUGUUGUUCCAUUUGACAAAUUCAAUAGACUGAAUUUGCAUGCAUCAAGUGACGAUUCAGACAUCAAUUGUAUGAAAAUUGAAAGCAAUUUUAAUGAACCAUGCAUGAUACAAGUUUCGAUUGAGGGCAAAAAUCUAUCAAUGGAAGUUGACACAGGAUCGGCAGCUUCGGUCAUAAGCGUUCCUUUGUAUAGAAGGUUUUUUAAUAAUUCCACAAUUAACCAUUGCUCAAAGAAACUGGUUGUCGUAAAUGGGGCAAAGUUGACUAUUUUCGGACAGAUUUGGGUAGAAGUUCAAAUUAACAACAUCAAAGCAAAACUUAAUUUGAUCAUUUUACAAAGUGAUGUUGAUUUCACACCGUUGUUUGGCAGAGACUGGAUUGAUUACUUUUUUCCAAAUUGGAAAUCCAGUUUUGUAGGAUCAGCAUGCAUCAAUAAUUUAAACUCUGAAGAUCAACACAAUGCAACAGUAUGUAUGUUAAAACAACAAUUUUUAAAAGUAUUUACAGAAGAUUUUUCUACACCGAUUGUAGGACACGAAGCAGAUUUAACUUUCAAAUCAUAUCAACCAAUAUUUCGUCGUGCAUACGAAGUUCCUUACAAAAUUAGAGAUAAAUUUAAUUCACAUUUGGAUAUGUUGGAAGAGCAAGGGGUGAUUACUCCCGUAGGCGCCAGCGAGUGGGCGUCACCAGUGAUUGCGGUUAUAAAAAAAGAUGGUAACAUAAGAAUGGUAAUUGACUGCAAAGUUUCUUUGAAUAAAAUUUUGAUUCCAAACACUUAUCCUCUUCCAUUGGCGCAGGAUAUCUUUGCGUCUUUGGCUGGUUGUCAAGUUUUUUGCUGUUUGGACUUAGCUGGUGCUUACACUCAGCUGCAAUUAUCAAAACGUUCAAGGAAAUACGUAGUCAUAAACACACUUAAAGGUUUAUAUACUUACAAUCGACUUCCACAGGGAGCUUCUUCUUCUGCCUCUUUAUUCCAAUGUUGUAUGGACCAAAUUCUUAAGGGAUUAAAUAAUGUUUGUUGUUAUUUAGACGACUUGCUGAUAGCAGGGAAAAACUUUCAAGAUUGUAAAGACAAAUUGAUUCAAGUCCUUGGACGACUUGACAAGGCUAAUAUUCGUGUUAAUUUUAAGAAAUGUAAAUUUUUCGUUAAAUCUUUACAAUACCUUGGACAUUUAGUUACCGAUAAAGGUUUAUUACCUUCUCCUGAAAAACUAUCGACAAUAUCAGAAGCUAAAGUUCCAGAAAACACUACAGAGUUAAAAGCAUACCUUGGACUCAUAAAUUACUACAAUAAAUUCAUACCUCACAUGUCUGCUAAUUUAAAAUAUUUGUACGAGCUACUCAGAAAAGAUGUAAGUUUCAAAUGGACUCAACAAUGUGAAAAUGCUUUUCAAGAUAGCAAGAAAAGUUUAUUAAAUGCUAAGUUGUUGACUUUCUACGAUCCUAGUAAACCACUUGUCGUGGUAACUGAUGCUUCGUGUUACGGCUUGGGGGGAGUUUUGGCACAGAUAGAAGAUGGUCUGGAAAAGCCAAUAUGUUUCACGUCAUUCUCUCUCAACUCUGCACAAAAGAAGUAUCCAAUACUGCACCUAGAAGCUUUGGCUCUGGUGUGCACUAUUAAAAAAUUUCACAAAUUUCUUUUUGGACAACCUUUUAAGGUAUUCACUGACCAUAAGCCCCUUUUGGGAAUAUUUGGAAAAGAGGGUAGAAAUGCAAUAUAUGUUACAAGACUCCAAAGAUAUAUCAUGGAGCUCUCAAUUUAUAAUUUUGAGAUUGAAUAUCGACCUGCUUCGAAAUUGGCAAACGCGGAUUUUUGUAGCCGAUUUCCAUUGCAACAAUCAGUCCCCAGCAGCCUUGACGGAGAAAAUGUCAAUAGCAUAAAUUUUUCGACAGAAUUUCCUUUAGAUUUCGCUUUGGUUUCAAAAGAAACAAAAAAUGAUAAGUUUAUGUUGGAAAUUUUUAAAUAUAUUGUAGAAGGUUGGCCAAGAAAAGUGAACAACAAAUUUAAAGAUUAUUAUUCUCAAAAGGAGAAAUUACAAAUAGUUGACGAAGUGUUACUGUUGGAUGAGAGAGUAGUAAUUCCCUCACUGUUGAGGCCAAAAGUUCUGCAUAUGCUGCACAAGAACCACGGAGGCAUGAUAAAAAUGAAGCAACUGGCUAGGCGGACAGUUUAUUGGCCAGGGAUAAAUCCAGAUAUUGAGGAUUUCGUUAAAAGUUGUAAUAUUUGCACUAGGAUGGAAAAUGUUAAAAACCCAAAAGAAAAAUCAUCAUGGAUUCCUACUGUACGUCCUUUCAGUAGGAUACAUGCGGAUUUUUUCCAUUAUAAUGGCAAUGUAUUUUUACUGAUAAUAGACAGUCAUACGAAAUGGCUUGAGGUAGAGCAUAUGCGUUAUGGGACUACUGCCAAAACUGUCAUAAAAAAAUUUAUAACCAUGUUUGCUCGUUUUGGACUUCCGGAUGUGGUGGUUACUGAUGGUGGUCCUCCUUUCAAUUCCUAUGAAUUUACGGAUUUUCUUAAAAGGCAAGGAAUUCAUGUAUUAAAAAGCCCGCCAUAUCAUCCUAGUAGCAAUGGUCAAGCUGAACGUCUUGUCAGAGUAGUGAAGGAUGUUUUAAAGAAAUUUCUGCUUGAUGAUGAAACAAAAUCUUUGGACAUUGACGAUAGAUUGAGUUUGUUCCUAAUUAACUAUAGGAAUACUUGCAACGGAACAGAAGCAAAUUUUCCAUCUGAGCGAGUAUUUUCGUAUAGACCUAAAAUGCUGAUGGAUUUAAUUAAUCCAACAAAAACAUAUAAGCAACAUUUAGAAAAAUCUUUUGUUGAACAAAAGGUUUUAAAUAAUGAAAAAGUCAUCCCUCCAGACCAAUUUGACAACUUGAGGCAAGGGGAUAAGCUGUAUUACAAGAACAAUCAUCUACAUGAUGUGCCUAGAUGGUUGGACGCAAUUUUCAUCAAGAAACUAACAAGGAAUAUUUUCCAGAUUGCGUUGGGGAGGCACGUAACUACAGCACACAGGCAUCAGCUGAAAAUGGCCUACAAACCGAGGAGAAUGAGUCGGCUGUUCCUACCAAGUUCUGACAAUCAGAAUGACAACAAAAAGCGAAGGCGAGAUUCUUGCGACGAGGAACCAGCAUUCCGAGGCUUUCCGGAUGGACGAUUUGUGCAUGACGCGGGGGCCCCGACCACAGAUCGACGGUUUGUUCACGAAAGGAGCCCGAUCGUGACGAGGUCCAGGAAAACAAGACUCAUUGAUUAAACCUGCAAUCGAAAAGUUGUACUCGAAAGUAUUUCGAGUGUUCGAAAUUAUAUUCAAAUAUUCAGCAUGUCAUGCUUUCAAAUUUUGUAUUAUCAUGAUUAAAAUUCCUGUAAGAAUUUUCUAAAAAAGGGAGAACUUUAGUAUCCCUAUACUUACCCAAUUGUACAUAAAUAAUUAUAAGCGUAAAUCAUCUCGAGAGAGAACUCGAACGAGAAUGAAAAGAAUAAACGAUCAUUGAAGAUCAGUCUAAGUCUAGCCAUCAGUCAAGGUGGAGGCACACGAACUUAAACUAUUUUCUUAUUCUAUUUCGGAAACCCCUUAUUCAACCCCUAUAUUUAAAGUAUUAUUACCAGUCCAAAAUCAUAGUUUACUAAAAGUAAUUAAA